UAUUUAUAUAGCGCUUUAUACAAUACAGAAUGUUUCAAAACAGCUCCACAGGAAUAAAGAGAAAAUUAGUAGCACUGUAAAGUUUUAACAAUUAUAAAACGACUUCACUUUUAGCUGUAAAUCAGCUCUACAGAAGAUAAUUACCAUUAUUAGGUCAAGUCAGUUAAGUGAUUCGAUUCAGUUCAGUGGCAGUGUCAAUGUUACAGUUUAUCAAAUUACAAAACAAAUUCUAUCCAGCUAUAAAGCAGCUCUAAAGAAGACAAUAGUGUCAUUAUUCAGAUCAAUUGACUUUAACCAUGAUUCAGUUCUAUUCAGUAAUUUCCCUAUUAAUGAAACGACUGCAAUGGCAGCUCUACUGAAGACAAUAGUGUCAUUAUCCAUUUCAGCUCAGUUCUCAUCCAGUUGUGUCAGUGCAGUCAAAUCUGUAAUAUUUCUGAAAGUUAAUUCUCUUUUAAGCACAAGAGUAUUGACUAAAUAAUGAUGUAAUAUGAUGAUGGUUGCUAUAGUUUUUGUGUUCACUUCAGUUUAGGGUAAAUAACCAUUGCCGCUUUACAAGUCAGUAACCACAUAUUUGAGAUUGCAGGUUAUGAGUUCAAGAAUAGUCCAUUGAAAAGCAUUUAUCUAAUUUGAUCACGGUAUCCCUGGACCUUUGGGCCUAACAUAGGAUGGAAAAUAUAAUUUAUCGAAAGCAGUAACCUUUUAAUGGACUAUCAGGCACAAAUGACACCAUGAGCAUGACCUUUUUGAGGGUAAAUAUGAUUUAAUGUUCAGUCAUCCAUAUUUUUCCAUUCUGUCCUGCACUGUCCUCAUUCUAAUCUCUCUCUGUUUCACUAUUCAGUUCUGUUUUCUUCCUCGUAACCAGCUAUUCUUACACUUCUUGUCUCAAACUAAUUCUCUGAUAUUAGCAUAGCCAGGCUUCAAACUGACUGACCUCAGCAUGGGCAUUGAGAGUCAGGGCCCCACGCGCCCUGCAGGAAACCUGACGCCAAAGCAGGUCAAGACAUUUCAGAAGGUGGAGCCGAAAGCACUGGGGUCCAUUCAGAUCAUUAUCGCUGUCUUGUGCUUGUGUCUGAGCAUCACCAUUCUUCAGCUCUAUGAAGAGGUUCACUUCUCUCCUGAUGUCAUUGUCGUGGUAGUGAUCGUCGUUCAGUUGCUUGUGUCUGGAUCCAUUUUAAUCCACGCUGGAAGGUUCCCAUCUCUGUUCUGGGUGAAAGCCACACUGGUUGCUCACCUGGUCAGUGCAGCGUUUUCCACUGCUGUUCUUGGGCUGCUGUCCCGUCACCUGCCUUACCGUCAGGACACGUACCACUGUGAGCACUGCAGGAGACUGGAGAUCUAUGCUGUGCAACAAUAUUGUUACAGGAAGUGCAGUUAUACAGUCGAGAGAAAUUGUAAACUCUUGAUUGAUGGCUUCUUGGCCACACUGGUUCUGUUUCUGGUGGUGGAGUUGGCGAUCUGCAUUGUAACCAUUUUGUUUGGACUAAAUGCUCUGGCUAAAGGCGGCGUGCAGCUUCUUGGUUUCAGACAGCGUGCUGACCCAUCUCAGCCUGAGGUGAUCACCCCUAGCCAACCUCAGGUGGAGGUGAUGGUCUCAGAGGUGGAGCCAAUGCCUGAGCGUGAGCCUGAACCCAGAUCUGAGCCGAUAGAAGAAAUGCCCAGCCCUCCCACUGAACCUCAAGUGGCCCCCAUUGACUCUUUAACAGACGUUUGACGCUUCGUGCUCAUGUGAUCUGUAUGUAUAUUGUAGUAGAGGAGCGUUAGAGAUGAGUGAGGCUUUAGCAGCAAGGGUUUUGUAUUUUAGUGAUGUAUGAAAUCAACAUGAUAGGGCUUUAUGAUAUAGGCCAUUAUCAUUAUACUUAAAGGGAUGGUUCAACCAAAAAUAGAAAUUAAUUUACUCAUGUUGUUUCAAAUCUGACUUUCUUUAGUACACUGAAAAUGGAUGGGGACCAAAAAAUCACCAUAAAAGCAAAAACAUGAAUGGUUCAUAUAACUUGUGCACUAUAUUCCAAGUCUGAAGUCGUAUAUUUAUGUCAUCCGUUAAAAUAUUGCUUGACUACUGUGAUCUCUGUUCAUGUUUACUAAAAGAGCAAUUGAGACACCCUACUAUUAUUUUGCCCUUUUGCAUUCCACAUAAGAAAUAAACAUUUUUAAAAGUUGUGGGUUUCAGAAGACAUGAGAGUGAAUUUUCAUUUUGGUGUGAACUAUUGCUUUAACAUUGUAUUACCUGCUAUAAAAGACUGCAGAGCUCCUUCAUGCCUGUCAGCUGAUGUACUUACAGUGUUUCCAAAGCAGCAAAGACUGAUAUUCCUCAAAUAUUCAGGGUCAAACCUUACCACUAUAUAUUAAACCUCUGCAAUUAAUUUAGCCCGAACCACUGAUUUCACCUUCCUUGUUUUAGCUGUUAUUGUUAACUUUCAUCCUUUAAAAAAUAAGAUAAUUUCCCUUUGAUGCCAUGAUAGAAUCACUCAAAAAGUGAUUGGCAGCAGAGAUGUCAUCAUGAUAUUUGCAUACUGAAUGGUGAUUGGUCUUUUUUCUUGCAUCUGUUUGCAUUAUAAAUUGUUAUUGGUGCAUGCUUGCAUUCUUCCUUGCAUAUAUUUAAUCAUUCAGAGCAUAAACUGUGCUGUGUAUGGUGAUUCUUGCAAUGGCAAAAUUCUUAUGCAGCAUUUCAUUUGCACUGAAUCAAACCUAUGUUUAGGUUUUAGGAUUUGGUUCUGUGUGAAUUAAAUUUUACUUAACAUUUACACUAUUUGGGGUUCCCACAGACCAACUGCAAUGGUCCAUGUCUGGAAAAGUCAUGGAAAAGAGUGAAUAUAGAUUAUUUUUCUAAUUAUGCACCGAUAUAGAAUAUUUAAUUAGCUAGAAAUAUACUAGGUGCAAUUUCUAUAAAAUGACUUUUUUCAAAUUCCUUGAGAGAUACAACUGGAAAAUCAAUGAAAUGUAUUGAUCAAAGAGCGUGGGAAGCUUGACAGUUCUUUGGCUGCCUUGCAAACACUGCAGUUUUUGCAGUGUCUUUCAGAAUGAAGUACUAGAUGAUGAAAAAUAACAUUAACAAAUACAGAAAGAUCAUUGCAUGAUUGGUGUAAAUGUAAUCAAAGCUCCAAGGGAAAAAAAAAGUGGCAUGUCUCGAAGGGAAAAAUGUAUGUAAACAAUGCAAGCAUGCACAGGUGGAUCCACAUAAUGCAAUACAUCAUGAUCAGGUAUUUGGUUUGCAGGAAGCUAAUUUUAGAUGUAGACUGUAUAUCAUACCAGCUUUAAAUCAUUGUCAGCUGUCAUCUACAACUACAGCAAACUAUAUUGCAGGUAAUAUCAUGUUAAUUGAGAAAUGGCACUCACCACUGAUCUGCAAUAAUAAAUACUUCCAUCGAGCUAACCUACUAACAAAAAAGCUCUGUAUGAUAUGUUAAUAUAUGUUACAUAUUGUAAAAUAUUCCCCCAGUUCAUUUUGCCUCUUGAGUGUUCGUAAUCUGGUAAAUCUGAUGACAUAAUGUCUAUAUUCAACCUCUAUGCUCACAAGAGAAUGAAAAAUAGUAACAAUAUCUUAACAAUAAUAUACAUCCAAGUUGGGCUUGCCCUUUUACCUCCGGUGUUCUCCACUGUUAAUAUCAAACAGUGGCAUGAGUUCCCUGUAGACAUUAUGUAAAUGCCUGAUUUAAUGUCAUUGGUGCUAGUACUCUAGAAAAUCCAUUUGGUGCAGGAUGAGGUUUUGUGUCUGAGAAACCAUGUUUUCAUCUUUCAUAUAAUCAUUCUGUAUUCUUCAAGUAGCAAUGGCUUUAAUAAAAGUAAAGCUUUUAUUAGAAUAGGGCUUUUAUGCGUCAUCGUUGGCCCUUUGUUUGCUUGCUUAUUGUCUCACAAAGCUUAAUAGUUCAGCUAACAGUUACUCACUCACCAGACUCACGGAAUGUCAUGUUUAGUAUCUCUCGAGUCUCUGAGUUCAUUAUAUGACAUCAAAUGUUACAAAACAGUCGUGAUCCAAGGAAACUAUUGUUUAUUACAGAUCUAACAAACCAAAGCAUUUUGUUUCUCUUCUGUAUUACUACUGUUUAUUUACUUUCGUACCUCUUUUACACAGCAUCUCUACAUUUUCUGCAGUGCUCACUCCACCAGCUCUUGUUUAAUUGUGAAUUUUAAGCAUGCUGUAAUGAGUUUCCACUAGAUGAUGAUCAAAGAAAUUAGUGUGACAUUGGAGCACAUUCUCAUGGUGUUUCAAGUGCAGUGUAUUUUAGGUGCUGAAUGGACUUAUUAAACCACUUUUA